AGAGAAAAAUAUGUAUAAAACAUAAAUUUAUUUUUUAAUAAUUCAAACACAGCCUUGAACCUGAUUAAUAUGUAAGAGUCUCACCCUGAGCGUCACCUUGAUGCUCGUACUUUGCCCCAAGGCCUUUCUAGGUACUUUAAAUAUAACUGUUUUUGCACUUGGUGUGUCUCCAAACUAAGCAAAAUGAAAGUCAUCAUCAGUACCCAGUUCUUCUACUGCUGCUUUCUUCUUCUCCUUCUAUGGUUUUCUGUUUUUGUUGAAAGCUUCAAUGAAGAAGAACAAGAUGACAUCAAAAGAUCACAAUUCCCUGAGAAUUUCUUCUUUGGAACAGCCACUUCUUCAUAUCAAAUUGAAGGAGCAUUUCUUGAAGAUGGAAAGAGCCUAAGCAAUUGGGAUGUUUUCACCCAUCGCCAUGGUGCAAUAAACAAUGGUGAAAAUGGUGAUGUUGCUGAAGAUCACUACCAUCGCUACUUGGAAGACAUUGAGCUAGUGCAUUCACUGGGGGUAAAUGCUUAUCGAUUCUCAAUUUCAUGGUCCAGAGUUCUACCCAGAGGGAGGUUUGGAGAAGUUAAUCCGAAUGGGGUCAUGUUCUACAACAAUAUUAUAGAUAAUCUCUUAGUCAAAGGAAUUCAACCAUUUGUGACCAUAGCACAUCAUGAUUUCCCCCAAGAGUUGGAGGACAGAUAUGGGUCUUGGCUUAGUCCUUUCAUGCAGGAAGAAUUUGUUCAUUAUGCCGAAACCUGUUUUAAGAGUUUUGGGGAUCGGGUGAAGAAUUGGCUGACAAUCAAUGAGCCAAACUUGUUUGCAGACAUGGCCUACAUUAAAGGGAAGUACCCACCAGCCCAUUGUUCGGAGCCUUUUGGGAAUUGCUCUGUGGGCAAUUCUGAUAUAGAGCCUCUCACUGUUAUGCACAACAUGUUACUCGCCCAUGCCAAGGCUGUCAAGAUCUACCGUGAGCAUUUUCAGAAAAAACAUGGUGGAAUGAUAGGAAUAGUGGGAGAUGCACUCAUGUACAGACCACUUACAGAUGAUGUGAAGGACAGGGAAGCUGCAAGUAGGGUCUUGGCUUUUAAUGUCGCCUGGGUAUUUGACCCCCUAGUAUAUGGAGAUUACCCUCCAGAAAUGAGGCAGUACCUUGGAAAUAAAUUACCUAUCUUCUCUGCAGAAGAAACAGAGUAUAUAAAGGACAGUAUCGAUUUCAUCGGCAUUAACCAUUACUCGACUCUGUAUGUCAAGGACUGCAUUUAUUCCAGUUGCAUCGAUGGCGGAGACCGGCCAAUUCGAGGCUAUGCAUUCAUUACCCGUGAACGGAAUGGUGUUCCAAUUGGAGAGCCGACUGGGAUGGAAAUUUUUUUCAUAGUUCCAGAAGGCAUGGAGGAGAUCGUUGACUAUAUCAAGAAGAGAUACCCUAACAUGCCUAUAUUUGUGUUUGAAAAUGGGUAUGCUCCACCACAUGAAGAGGAUGUACAAGUGCAGGACUUACUGCAUGAUGUCAAGAGAAUUGAGUUUCACAAAGCUUACCUUUCUUCUUUGGCCAGAGCAAUCAGGGACGGUGGGGAUGUACGGGGAUAUUUCAUAUGGACUCUAAUGGAUGACUUCGAAUGGAUACAUGGUUACAACCCUGGAUUCGGACUUCACUAUGUUGAUCGUCAAACUCUUGAAAGAAUUCCAAAGCUUUCUGCUAAAUGGUACAAAAAUUUCCUAACCAACUAUACCCCCAACAACGACAACGAAGUGGCGGGAAAAAGUUCAUUCGAAAACAAAAAUGUCAUAACCGCUGGAUUAAGAACUGAACAAGCUGAAAUAUAAUUAUGUUUUCAUGUAGGUGCAUUAAAACUGUGCGUUUAUUGCUCGCUUGCUUGCUUUCAAUCAUUUAUUUACAAAUUUCAAUGAAAAACCAUUGUUGUGCUAUUUAUUAAUAGCAGCAAUUGAAAAAAUGCUUCCAAA